ACCAUCACCGUCCCGAUAACCAAACAGAACCCAAACAUUUUACUACAUUUACUACUCCAAUUGAGAAUUGAGACAUUCGCUACUGUUUUUGUCCCCUCUCCCUAAAUCCCUUUCCUCUUCUCCGACUCCGAAUAUCAUAUUCAAACAAACAUCUUCCGUCUGUCUGCGACUGAAAAGAGGAAAGUGAAAAGUUAAUUCAAGAAUGGAGAAAGGGAAGAAGCAAGUGCGUCUCUUCUACUGCGUAGAGUGCGAAGAGCUUGCUCGCAAAGUCGCCGCACAUUCCGAGCUUAUCACUCUCCAGUCAAUCAAUUGGAGGAGCUUUGAUGAUGGAUUUCCAAAUCUCUAUAUAAACAAUGCAGAGGAUAUCCGAGGUCAACAUGUUGCCUUUCUUGCAUCCUUUAGUUCCCCAGGAGUUAUAUUUGAACAGCUUUCAGUCAUAUAUGCCCUCCCGCGUCUUUUCGUGGCUUCCUUCACAUUGAUUUUUCCUUUCUUUCCUACUGGCUCCUUUGAGCGCAUGGAAGAAGAAGGAGAUGUAGCAACUGCAUUUACCAUGGCAAGAAUACUGUCCAACAUUCCCAUAUCAAGGGGUGGUCCAACUAGUCUAGUCAUCUAUGACAUACAUGCUUUACAGGAAAGAUUCUACUUUGGAGACCAUGUCUUGCCUCUAUUUGAGACUGGGAUUCCUCUGCUAAAGCAACGGCUUCACCAGCUUCCUGUUGAUGAUAAAAUAAUUGUUGCAUUUCCUGAUGAUGGAGCCUGGAAGCGAUUCCACAAACAGUUGGACCAUUUUCCAACGGUGGUAUGUACAAAGGUUCGCGAAGGUGAUAAGAGGAUAGUCCGGCUGAAGGAGGGAAAUCCUGCUGGUUGUCAUGUUGUUAUCGUUGAUGAUUUGGUUCAAUCUGGUGGAACCCUUAUUGAAUGCCAGAAAGUGUUGGCAGCUCAUGGUGCUGCGAAGGUGAGUGCUUAUGUUACCCAUGGCGUGUUUCCAAAGCGUUCUUGGGAGCGGUUCCUUCACAAUGGCUCGGAGAAGGCAUUUGAAUACUUUUGGAUCACUGAUUCUUGUCCUACCACGGUCAAGGCAGUAGCAAAUAAAGGUCCUUUUGAAGUUCUGAGUCUCGCUGGAUCCAUUGCCAGUGCUCUACAAAUUUGAGGGAAUAGUUUUAGCCUGAGGUUCUCAAUAUGUGUUCUCACAUUGUUGGGGAAAUAUUGUUUGCAUCGCGUUCUGUUGUUGAAGACCACUAAAUUGAUCAUUCAUUCCAGCCAAUUAUUUAUUGUAUCAUUGGACCUCUCUUUUUAGAGGUUGCACUGAAGAAAUUAGUUGUGAUGAUGUUUGAAUGUGAUACUUACAAUAGAGAGGAAUGGUUAGUUUGUCUGCUUGUGGUUGCCAACUUGCCAUCUGCAUAAACAUUUUGGCAUGGCCCUUGUUGGUUAUUAUCCUUAUUAUAUUAUGUAUUAACUUUGGCAUAUUCA